AUGAAAUUUCACUUCAAUGGCGGACUCGAUUGCCCAGAAUGGGUUCUUUCACAAAUUUCGCGAAUUUCAAAAAUUGAUUUAAACGAAUUUAAAGAAUUAUGUUCGAAAAUUGUAGAAAAUUUUGAAAAUAAAACUGAAAGAUGGGAGGAAAUGAAAUUUUCGUUUAAUGAUAAUUCUGCUAAUGGUAAAAAAAUAAAAAUUAAUUUAAUUUUAUUGAAAGGGCUUCGAAUCUCCAAAGCGAUUAUUGCAACGCUCAGCUUUAUACUAGAAAAGGCAACAAAAUAUGAUUGUGAAAAAGAUGACUUGGAAGCAGAAAUGCUCCAACUUGGACUUCCUGCAGAGCACACAAAAAUCUUACUUGAAAACUACAAUAAAAUAAAAAAUUUCCAAAUAUUUAAAGAAUAUCCAUUUAAAGCCCCUCCAAUUAAAAUAUCUUCAAUUGAAAAACUUCAAACAAGUGAGGGAGAAGAACAACAAUUUUUACUUUCCACAAAAGAAAUUAAAUUUACUAUAGAAGAGGAAUUACUUCAAAAACUUAAAAAAGAUUUGGGGGCAGCGCUUAAACAAUUUGAGACAUUUUCUUCCUAA